GGGGGGCAACUCUGCAGAACCUCGAGCUGCAUGGCGACACUGUGCACCAGCAAUUUUAUUUGAAACACGCAGACAUUUCCCAAAGCUGCAUGCUUAAUACUUUACCUCUCACCAGCAGCUUCCCGGGUGAGGCCCUGCCUCGUUUCCACCUGUGCGGCAUGUGCAGGAGCUGCAGAGAAGACAAACCUGGCAGCUGCACACACGCAGGUGUAUGUUCCGCUGCGGCGCACGCACCCAAAAUGUGCCUGUCUCCGAGGCCUAGAGGGGGCAAAGCCAGAUAUACUUAGGAGUACGCCGGCAUGAAGUGCUGUGUCUGGAGUUAAAGGACACCGCAGGGGAACUGUGACACGCCGACAUGCCUGCAGCGGCAGCAGAAGGCAUCUGAUUCUGCACACGGCAACGACACCCUGAACCCAACACCACCUGUCCCGCGCUCGUCUCCGAGACGGCAUGUUCUCUCCUUUUAGGUCCCGUGGUGAGAGGCAGGGAGGACGGCGGGUGGCUGGAGCAGGCGGAGCGCUCUCCUGUUCCUGCCCCGAGUCGUCCGCGGUGAGCGAGAGAUCCGGCCCGUUUGACAGUCAACACCAACCCCACCAACCCCCCCCCCCCCCAUGUCCACGACGCGUUGCCCGCCACCCGAGAAUCCUUGGCCGCGGGCGGCAGACAGGCGGCGAUAGGAGAGAGGCGGACGAGGCCGUGCAGGUGGAGGACGACGGGGAGGAGCGGCGCCUCCAUCAUGGAGAGUUUCCUGAAGGAUAAAGAUGUUUGGAUAUUGGGCAGCGUGUGUCUGGUGGCCACCUUCCUGUGGCGACGGCUGUGGAAAUUAUUCUCCCUCCAGAAGAGGAAGAAGAAGGGCAGGAGCCCGCCGUCGGACGAGCAGGAUGAGAAGGACAAAGCCAAACUGAGCCUGAAGGGCUUGAAGGCCCAGAAGAAGAGGAAGCCCCAGGACGCGUCAGAUUCCCCUGCGCCGAAUGAGCCUGUGCUGCAGCAGCAGGUGGAAAAGCUCAACAGGCAGAACGCCGAGCAUUCGCAAUCGAGCGCCGAGGCCGGGGCCCAGAGGGGGGAAGGCCGAGGCAGCGGAGGAAGACGACAGGAGCCGGCCUCGGACGCCCAGUGCCCGGAGAGGAAGACGACGACAGAUGGGGGGAGAGAGGAGGAUGAGGGGGAGGAUGUCUUCGAGGACUCUGAGCCUGAGGGAGAGGAGGAGAACAGAGAAGAUGCUGGUGCAGAAUCGGCUGGGAAAGUGGAGGAGGAUGGGAAGAAAAGGCACAAAGGAGGAAAGGCCCAGAGCGCCGUCACAGACCUCUGCAAGACGACGCCUCCCCAACAACAGGAGAGCCCCGAGGAGGUCGGCGAUGUGGCCACCUGCAGCAAGCGCCGCGUCACAGAGGAAGACCCGCUGAAGGACGAGCUCAAGAAAAGCAAAGUGGAGAACGCCGAUGGAGACGCGGCGGCCGCGGCGGCGGCGGAGGAGGAGGAGGAGGGUGGGGGCGAGUCGCAGGCCUUCAAAUCUGACGAGGCAAAGACAGAGGAGGUGGAGGAGGGGAAAGACGGGGAGUCGGCAGUGAAAGAAUUCGUUAUUGAGUCAAGCCCUCCGCCGCUAGCCCCGUUCGACCACCGCAUCGUGACGCCCAAACCCCACCAGAUUGCCACCUAUUACAGCAUCAACAGAGAGGAAGUCCUCGGAGGGGGACGUUUUGGACAAGUCCACAAGUGCACAGAGAACUCCUCCGGCCUGACGUUGGCUGCCAAGAUCAUCAAAGCCCGGAGCCAGAAAGAGAAGGAGGUGGUGAGGAACGAGAUCCAGGUGAUGAACCAGCUCAACCACGCCAACCUCAUCCAGCUGUACGCCGCCUUCGAGUCACGCCACGACAUCAUCCUGGUCAUGGAAUACGUGGAGGGAGGGGAGCUGUUCGACCGCAUCAUCGAUGAGAACUACAACCUGACCGAGCUGGACACGGUGCUGUUCAUACGGCAGAUCUGUGAAGGGCUGCAGUACAUGCACAGAAUGUACAUCCUCCACCUGGACCUCAAGCCGGAGAAUAUUCUUUGUGUCAGCAGGGCCACCAACAAGAUUAAAAUCAUUGACUUUGGCCUGGCCAGGAGGUACAAACCGAGGGAAAAGCUCAAGGUCAACUUUGGAACGCCGGAGUUUUUAGCCCCUGAAGUCAUCAACUAUGAGUUUGUUUCAUUCCCCACAGACAUGUGGAGUCUCGGUGUCAUCACCUACAUGCUGCUCAGCGGUUUGUCUCCGUUUCUGGGCGACGACGACAACGAGACGCUGAACAACAUCCUGGCCUGUCAGUGGAACUUUGAGGAGGAGGAGUUCACGGACAUCUCUGACGAGGCCAAAGACUUCAUCACCCUCCUGCUGGUGAAGAGCAAGAGCUGGAGGAUGAGCGCCACGGAGUCCCUCAGACACCCGUGGCUGUCGGACCGGAGUCUGCACUACCGGCUAAAUCAGAAGAAAACAAAGUGCCACUCCACACACACUCCUUCUCCUUCCCCGGAGAGCUAAGCAGAAACACCAUGAGGCCCUCAGCACGCCCUCGGAGCCCGACACUGGACCAAUGCUGCCGUACCCGCGCGGCUUCUGGAAUAACUUCUCCCUGCCUCUGCAUCGCUGCGUUAUAGCUUAGCUCGUCCCUCGCGGACCGUCUGUCGCCGUGGUUACUGUACCUGUAUAGAGCACAGGCCUUCGGACUACCCCCAGAGAAGACUCUCUAAAGGCAGGACUCGUAUUGCGACGGUGAAUCCAAACUACUAGGGACUAAAAGGCCUGCGUCAAGUCCACUGCAGCUACAUGUGUGGCUGCAAAGGUAGAGAAGGGAAACAGAAAAAUAUGAAAUGCCGACUGUGAUCAUUUUGUCAUGUCGCCCUGGUUUGUUGCAUGCUUUGCACCUUUUCUGGCCUGUGUCUCCAAGAUUCAACAAACUAUAGAACUGGAUUGUAAUAUUUUUUUUUUAAUAAUAUAUUUUUGUGAAAUACUUUCUUUCUUUCUUUCUUUCUUUUGAUUUACAAGUCUUAUGAAAAGUUGUAUUCAUUCUCACACACAAAGCAAAAAAAAAAAAUAAUGAAAGAAAACACACAUAGUCACACCACCAUUAAUUUAUUUUGUACAUAGCAAAGUGAGAAUAUUUCAG